AUGAGCGAAAUCAAUUGCAAACUUGCUUUAAAAUUGGACAAUAAUCAAAAUGCAAUUUACGCUCCAGGACAACUGAUUACAGGAUUACAACUUCGUAUAAAAGGAAUUGCAAAAUGUCAAAUGGACGUUGGGAGAACAAGAUGUUCUGCAGAACAGCAAUACUUUCACUAUGUACGAGAUCUUUUUGGGAAAAAGCACGGCAUGGUAAUGUUGGUAGAACCGGGAGAAAUGAUUUAUACUUUUGAAUAUGAAUUGCCAAGUAAUAUUCCUUAUAGCACCGAAGGGAAAUACGGUGAAAUAUAUUACGGAAUUAAAGUUGUGCUUGACAUUCCACAUGAGCUUGAUAAGGAAAUUAGACUUCCUUUGACUAUUAUCAGAUAUGAAGAUCUCAAUGCAAUGCCAUUACUGAAAUAUCCCAAACGGGAAGAAAUCACGAAGACAUUUUGUUAUUUCUUUAUCUGUUGUCUUGGAUCAUCACCGCUUUUAAUGUCAGCCUCGAUUCCCUACACAGGAUAUAUUCCAGGUCAAAAAAUUCCGAUUACUAUCGAAUUGAAUAAUCAGUCACAUGUAAAUGUACGAUCAACAAAAAUCACAUUAAAAGGCCUUCACACUUUCAAUUUCGACUAUCCAUCAACAUGCAAGCAGACUGAAAAGUAUCGAUUGGAUUACAAGUUAGCAGCGGGAGUUAAAUCUGGUAAAAGUGCAAAACUUGAAGAGUUUCUGAUGGUUCCCGAAAUGUUAAAUCCUUCAAAUGAACAAAAUUGCAAAGUGUUUCAAAUAACUUAUAUGAUUAAGAUAUCUGCAACUGUUGAUGAUCCUCACCAAACUCCAUGCAUUCGAAUACCAAUUACCAUUGGAUCAUUUCCUUUGAUUUUCAAAGAUGCGCAGCCAAAUACUCAUAAUCAAAUGCCUUCAAAAAUAUUUAAUACUAGCAGAGAUCUGGCAAGGCAAACUAAAACUGCGCAGACACUUUAUAAUGAAGUCAUUAGAUUAAACGAGUUUUAA